CCGGCGCACCCGCUUUCACUCCUGCGCUGCUACGCGUUUGGCCGGCGGAGCUGCAGGGGGGAGAGUGCACGGAGCACGGCCGCGAUGCUCUUCUUCCUGUACAGCUUCCUGCUGCUGCCCCUGCUGCUCCUCUUCUACGUGGAGUCGCUCCUGAAGCUUUUCGUGCCCAAGAAGAGAAAGUCGGUGGUCGGGGAGAUCACCUUGAUCACCGGCGCGGGACACGGCAUCGGGAGACUGACCGCCUAUGAAUUUGCCAAACUUGGAAGCAAGCUGGUUCUGUGGGACAUAAACAAGGCCGGGGUGGAGGAGACGGCUGCCGAGUGCCGGCGGCUGGGCGCCAGCGUCCACAGCUUCGUGGUGGACUGCAGCAAGCGAGAGGACAUCUACAGCGCCGCCAGGAAGGUGAAAGCAGAGGUCGGAGACGUUAGUAUCUUAGUAAACAAUGCCGGUGUCGUCUGCACCGCGGAUUUGUUUGCCACACAAGACCCUCAGAUCGAAAAGACGUUUGAGGUCAAUGUUCUUGCACAUUUCUGGACGACCAAGGCCUUCCUUCCCGAGAUGAUGAACAGCAACCACGGCCAUGUCGUCACCGUGGCCUCGGCGGCCGGGCACUACGGGGUCCCCUUCCUGAUGGCCUACUGUUCCAGCAAAUUUGCUGCCGUCGGGUUCCAUAAAGCCCUGACGGAAGAGUUGGAGGCCUUGGGGAGAACCGGGGUCAAAACCUCGUGCCUCUGCCCUAACUUCAUCAACACCGGCUUCAUCAAAAACCCGUCGACCAGCCUGGGCCCCACGCUGGAGCCCGAGGAAGUGGUCAGUAAGCUGCUGCACGGGAUCCUGACCGAGCAGAAAAUGAUCUUCGUUCCGUCUUCCCUGAGCGUGUUAACAACGGUGGAGAGGCUUCUUCCUGAGCGAUUCCUGUCAAUUCUGAAAAGAAAGCUUAAUGUUCAGUUUGAUGCAGUGGUUAGCUAUAAGCCCAAAGAACAAUAAGUGUUUGCCUUUGUUAAAACACUAAUCUACUAGAUGUAAAUUUAUUUCACUCAAAUCACAAGCAAUGUUUGGUUUUUCACAUUUGCUUUCCUUAAUUUUUAUAAUUUCUCUUCAGUAUCCUCUCUGGGGAUGUGGGCAGUCAUCAUUUAUUAUUACUAUUUGUUCUUCAGCUGAAAACUAACGCAGAGAGAACAAUGUUAGGAAUCGCCUUUAUAGAAAUAGCGAAAAAAAGACAAAGCAGUUUUGUAAUAAUUUCUCUGUGGCUCACCCUUGGGCCUUACAGAUUUUGUACUAGAUCAGUUUCUGAUAUAUUUUUACUUUCAAUUACACGGAGACUUUUUUAUAAUUGCCCUUUCCCUUCCUAGUCCAUACGGAAUGUAGACUUCAUCAUGUUAGAUAGAGUGAGGGGCUCUGCUGGCGGCCUUUCACGGUGAACACCUGCGCCCUGAGAAACGGCCUUGAGUUCCCCAUCCUCUGCCGCGCCCGUCUGCUCCCCGGCGACCCUCCCUCCCACAUACGGGAGCCAGAGGUGGGUGCGCGGUGCAAAGAUGGAAGCAUCACUGGGGCUGAAAGCAGCCUUGGGGGACGGCCCAGAGGUGACGAGGAAUAAACGGACCAAAGCUGAACUCUGUUCCCGCCUGUUCCCUUGUAGGACAGGGCUUCAGUGGGGUGUGCUGGGCAAUGAGCAGUCUCUGCUUAAUGGCCUUGUCGUUGUGUUGCCCGGAGUGGGGCCAGUGCCAAGCCAUGUCGGGC